GAAGAAAAAUGAAAACCGCAAUCUGCAACUCGAAAGUGAAAAUCAAAUGAUUCGGGGCUGCGAUACCAGCCCAAGAUAAUGUACAGCACGGCGUAUCACAAAACUCGAAUCCUAUCUGUUGAUUCCUCUGCCUGCCUCUGCGCACAGCAUUAUGCAGUUCGAUUCCGAGUAAACGGGGAGCAAUCGAGCAAGACCAAUCCGUUCCUCGUUUGCUUUCCAAACUGAUUCAUGUUCGUUCGUAGUUGAAUCUUAUCAAUCUUCCAGAUAUUUACCAAUCAAAGUCUUAUGGCGACUAUGACAUGUUGCAUCUCUAUAUUUGAUGGAGCAGAUGAAAUGUUUUGCUAUUAUCAGGGGCCAUGAAUCAUCGCAGUUUCAUCUUUCCAGAGCAUACGGAGCCUGCGAAGGGAAUGACGCACUCUUGUUGCGGGUUGCUGUCUCCAGUUCAUAAUAUAUCAAGUGUUGAAGCAGAAUGUCAAAGUUUUUAUGCUGGUGAAUGCUCAUUAUCUAAAGUAUGCAAAGACCCAAAUAGUCUCCCCAGUUCCAUGAGUUCGUCUACACUUCAACUCGAGAAGAUUUGUGUGUCGUGUGGUUCUGAUAAUCAACACUCUAAAAGCACAUUUUCUCGUUCAUCUAUGUUUUGUACCAGUUUGUACUUGUCAUCUUCAUCUAGCUCUGAAAAUCAACAGCGACUGGGCAAUCUACCAUUUCUACCACAUCCCUCAUCACAAAACCAACCUUCUUGUGCUGUUCAACAUGCAAAACAUCCACUGAUUUUCAGUGAUACAAAUAGUUUGUCUGAAGGGAACUCAGAGGAAGUUAUCAGAGACUUUCUUAAUCCAACAGGAUACAUUUUAGAUGGCAGUGCUCAUGGUAUCAGUUGUUCAAGUAACAGUUUAGCACUUACCGAGCAAUUGGACCUACAUUUUUUGUCUGACGAACUUCAUAUAGCAAUAGGCAGCAAUGUAGAAAACCCCAGGCUUGAUGAAAUAUAUGAAGCACCUGAAGAUUUAAGGAAACCAGUAGUUGGACUGGCAUCCAAUCAGAAUGAUGACUCUGUUACACCAGCAAUUGAUACACUACCAAGUCAAAACUCUUCCAUUCUGCCUGCUGCAAACAAGCCUAGAAUGAGAUGGACUCCUGAGGUCCAUGAUUGUUUUCUGGAGGCUGUAAACAAACUUGAUGGAGCUGAAAAGGCAACUCCAAAGGCUGUACUGAAGGUCAUGAACGUGGAAGGUUUGACCAUUUAUCAUGUGAAAAGCCACCUGCAGAAAUACAGACUUGCCAAGUACAUGCCCGAGAGAAAAGAAGACAAGAAGUCUUCUGGCUCCGAAGAGAGAAGGGUCGCCUUAAGUAGUAAUGAAAGUGAUGGAAGAAGAAAAGGGAGUAGUCAAUUUACUGAAGCUCUGUGCAUGCAAAUGGAAGUUCAGAAACAGCUGCACGAACAACUUGAGGUCCAGAAGGCUCUUCAGUUACGCAUAGAGGAACACGCAAGAUACUUGCAGAAGAUCUUAGAGGAGCAGCAGAAAGCCGGGAACGCCUGGGUCUCCCCUGAAAGCAUGCCACGGCUGACAAAUCCACAACCAGCCUCACAACUGCAGCAGCUUUCAUCUCCGUCCACCGGCUCCUUGCCCUCUCAACCAGCCGAGCCAAGAACGGAUUCCUCCACGUCUCUGCCGUUAAAACAUAAAGCUUCAGAAAGAGAAAGCAGUGAUUCUGAGGAAGUUUGCCAAAAGAGAGUGUGUCUUCAACCCAAAAGCUCUGUAUAAUGGCUGUUUAAUUGCUGCCACUGCUCGGAUAUCUAUCUCAUUUGUACUUAAGGUUUCCAGAAUUAUUACUAUUUGUCAGUGGUGACGUGUAAAACUUGUAGAUAAAGCCAGCGAUUGGUUUGUACUUUUGUAUCUUGUAAGUUGUCGCUUGCAAGAAAAGGUGGAUCUGAUUUGGUCUGA